CAGUCUGGCCGUCUCUGACUCUCUAUAUCUCCCCAUCCAUCCACGCCCACGCUCACAGACGCAGCAUCCUUCGUAAUUUCCGCCUCCGCCAAAAACCACAACCCUGCUCUCGCCCCGAAUCAACACCCCUGUUUUCCCCCAUUCCUCUUUCUCUCUCCGUCGCAGAAAUGGAGAGCCUCGCCGCCCUCCACUCCUUCUCUCCCACCACCACUUCACUCUCGUUCCCUCCUUGUCGCUCAUCCUUGUUCCGCAGAUCACCCAAACCCACCUCCCGAUUCUCCUCCUCCGCCACUGUAGCCACAUUCCGCCCUCUCCGAUCACCGCUCCUCCUAGCCCCAUCCAACCCCCAUUGCUCCUUCCUAAGCCGCCGGUCUCUCAAACCAAUCCUCCUUCUUCCCCCAAUUCACGCCUCGUCCAAAGAUGACAACGACUCCACCCCAGCAGCUGCAUCCGUUCAAGGAGCCAAGCUCGUCCCCCUCGUGAUUUCCGUCGCAAUUGGGUUGAUUGUUCGCUUCGCCAUUCCCAGGCCAGCUGCCGUCACGGCCCAGGCCUGGCAAUUGCUUGCGAUUUUCCUGUCCACCAUCGCAGGUCUGGUCCUCAGCCCUUUGCCUGUCGGGGCCUGGGCGUUUCUUGGCCUCACGACCAGCAUCGUUACCAGGACUCUCUCAUUUUCCACGGCCUUCAGUGCCUUCACCAGCGAGGUUAUUUGGUUGAUCGUCAUCUCUUUCUUCUUUGCUCGUGGAUUUGUCAAGACUGGGUUGGGGGAUAGGAUUGCUACCUACUUCGUCAAGUGGCUUGGAAAGAGCACUUUGGGGUUGUCCUACGGAUUGACAAUAAGCGAGGCUCUUAUUGCUCCUGCUAUGCCCAGUACUACUGCCAGGGCCGGUGGCGUGUUCCUGCCCAUUAUCAAGUCAUUGUCAUUGUCCGCCGGCAGCAAGCCUGGUGACCCUUCUGCCAAGAAGCUUGGGUCUUACCUCAUUCAGUCCCAGUUCCAGUCUGCUGGCAAUUCUAGUGCUCUUUUCCUGACUGCAGCAGCUCAAAAUUUGCUAUGCCUCAAGUUGGCAGAGGAACUUGGGGUGAAGUUUUCAAGUCCUUGGGUAUAUUGGUUCAAGGCUGCUAGUUUGCCAGCGAUAGUGUGUCUUCUAGUCACACCACUAAUAUUAUAUAAGAUCUACCCCCCGGAAACCAAGGACACCCCUGAAGCUCCUGCUAUGGCUGCCAAGAAAUUAGAACAGAUGGGUCCUGUCACAAAGAAUGAGUGGACUAUGGUUGGUACAAUGGUUCUUGCAGUUUCUUUGUGGAUAUUUGGAGAUGCCCUUGGUAUACCAAGUGUUGUAGCUGCAAUGAUUGGUUUGUCAAUCCUUCUUUUGCUCGGAGUCCUUGACUGGAAUGAUUGCUUAAGUGAGAAGUCGGCAUGGGAUACAUUGGCUUGGUUUGCUGUUCUAGUGGGGAUGGCUGGACAACUAACAAACCUUGGAAUUGUCACAUGGAUGUCUAGCUGUGUGGGGAAGUUACUGCAGUCUCUCUCCUUGAGCUGGCCGGCUGCAUUUGGCGUUCUUCAGGCGUCUUAUUUCCUUAUCCACUACCUAUUUGCCAGUCAAACUGGUCACGUUGGAGCUCUAUAUUCUGCUUUCCUUGCCAUGCACCUUGCAGCUAAUGUUCCUGGAGUUCUGGCGGCUCUGGCUUUGGCAUACAAUACUAAUCUGUUUGGUGCACUUACACAUUACAGUAGUGGUCAGGCUGCCGUGUACUAUGGAGCUGGAUACGUGGAGCUCCCGGACAUAUUCAAGGUGGGAUUCACGAUGGCAACGGUGAAUGCUAUCAUAUGGGGAGUUGUUGGCUCUUUGUGGUGGAAAUUUUUGGGACUCUACUAAGCUGUGGGUUCUCCCUGUAAGUAGACGUCGAAUCACUCUCACAUGGCAUCCCUUUGUUUUUCGGGGGUCUUAAUUCUUAAAGGCUGAUCUCAGAUUCAGAGAUGACAGUUUUGCAAAUUUAAACCAACACCCCGAGCCAUUUUUGGCGUGUUCAUUGAUGAAUAAUACGUUCUGAGACAUCAAGAUGUUUAAUCCAUUUGGAUUUAUUCAUUUUUCUUUUCUCCUAUGUGUACUAUAAUACCCCUUCGGAAGCCAUUUUUGUGGCUGUGUCUGUGGACUGUGGCUGAAUCGGAGAACAGAACAUGCAUAUUAUUAUGCAUAUACAAGCACAUGUAAAGUUAACCCAAGGGAUUGGCUUAAUUGAAACACGGUCUGCCGCAAAUCAAUUAUACCUAGAGUU